GUAGUCGUAAUUAUUUCUAUUCUCUCAUAGAUUUACUCUUACCGAAAGUUUCACGAUGCCAUUCGUCACACUUUUCAACGGCCAGACCGAUUACUUCGAAGUUGACGAUUACACGGAUCCUUGGAACCGCGAUGAAGCAGAUAUUGUGAUAUUUCAGCCAGGGAUAUUGCGACAUACAGACUUUACAUAUCACCUGGUCCCUUUGAUGUGCAGAGAUGUACGAUUUAUCCGUCGUGAUCUCCGGGGCCAUGGGAAAAGCUCUAAAGGCGACGCCGAAGGCUAUCAAUACACUCUGACAACGCUGGUGGAUGAGAUGGCCGAUUUUGUCGAUAAGGUCGCGGGUCGUCCUGUUCACUGGAUCGGAGAGAGUACGGCUGGGAUGGUAAGCAUCGCCUUUGCAGAAAAAUACCCCGACAAGCUGAAAUCUCUGAUCAUUAUGUCGUCACCUCUCACAUUGAAUGACACAUUUAAGAAGAUGGUUUCUCAGCCAUAUGCGAGUCAGGCUGAGGCAAUGCGAAAAAUGGGCCUCGUUGAAUGGCAGAAGUCCCGCCCAGUAUCUAAACUGAGCUCGAAUCCGAAUGCUCCAAAUACGAACGAGAUGGGCCGAUUCUCAGGCGAGAAGUAUCUAAAAUGGUACGAAGAAAUGCUGGAUCGACAUGACGUGGAGGGUGUCGCAUUAUACUGUGCGUUUAUUGCUGACGUUGAUGUGUCCUACUGUCUUGAGAACAUCAAGGUACCCACUCUGAUUAUGGCUCCCCGACACAGCAUGGCUAGCCCUGUGAGUCUCAAUGAGGAGAUGGCGAGAAGAAUUGAAAAGUCUCGCCUGGUCAUUAUCGAUAGCGUCGGUCAUAUGUUGUAUAUCGAUGAGCCUGAGAAGACGUGUGAUGCUAUUCUUGGGUGGGUUACGGACAUUCGAAAAUAG